GUCACAAAAAAGGGGAGGUCAUUUUGACUGUACCUUCGCUACCUUGGAGUAAAUGAAAUCAAGUUGCGUCAUAAUUUGUUUGACGUCAACAUUCUCCAGCCCAGCCAGUUGACCCACGUCACACUCAAAACUUACGUCAUCGCACUCUCGUCCACGUCUUUUGUCCACGUCACCACACGGCGCUAUACUUCCACACCGCCGGUCGUCAUGGGAACAGACCAAACCAACACACUUCGUCAUUUCCGGUUUUUCUUUGAUCGUCACGAACCAAACACCCAUGUUCCCCAGCUACAGUUUUAGUGUGUAGUGUGUUACCCGUGUGAUUCGUGUGAUUAUGGAUGUACCGGCCAUUUUUAUCGACAGCCAUAAAGACUUUUUAAACAAGUACACGGACCCUAUAGACUUGUCCAAUGCGUGUCGAGCAUUCUACCGGUCGCGUCUAGAGGUGACGAGGAAGAUGAGGGAGAAAUGGAGUAAAAAUGGGGAAGAUACGAUGACGGAGGGUGAGGGAGUGAGGAGAGGAGAGGACGGGACGUUUCUUAGGGAGUGUGGCGCUAACGCGCGCAGGAAAAAUUCGCUGGAUCUGGCGAUCGGGGUGUUGAGACAAGAGAUGGCCACCCUAAUGGAGCAGGACCUCUGCCUGAUGAAGCAGCUUCUGACCCUGAACGAGGAGAUCGAGGACCUCAAGUGGCGCCGACGUCACGUCUGGAGCCGAACCUCUUCCUUCUGCAGCUCAGACAUGAUCCAGUCGGCCUCGUCCCUGGGACGUGUGGACGAGAACCAAACCCUCAAGUUCUCUACCCCGUCCAGUUUAUCGCUGCAAUUAGAAGGGAUCUCAAACCGGUUUUCUGUCUACAACGACGAAGACCCGUAUGGGACAUUCAACAGGAAAACUCUAGCUAACAAGGCAAUAUCCGCCUACAGACCCGCGACCAACCCCAUCUCCCCACUCGCUGUUUCUUAUACCAGAACAUCCGCUGUUCUCGACAACAUUGAGACGGACAACAGCGAAAAUAUAAGAUUACUAGAACAGAGCAGUAGCAUUAGUUCUAAAAGAUCCAGCCUCCUCAGCACAGAAACACCUGGCUCGAUAGCAGGGAAUUCACAACAGGAAACAAUGAAUACUUCAAGUGCUUCCACGCUCCCAUCAGUGAAUUCUUUGAAAGAUCGCUGUUACCAUAAAGAUAAAAGAGAUAUUAAACAGCCUUUGACCAACUCCGAGCCAAACUCUAAAAAACAUUUUCCCAAACUUUUGGAGACCGAUAUGGACUCGCAAGAUUCUGGAAUUCAUGAUUGCAAUAGUGGUUCUUUGUAGCAUUUCCGUGUAAAACAUUCAUUAUG